AUGUACCAUCAAUUUAUGGGCGAUUUACCCAGAGUACGUGUUCGUCAAGCAUUCCCAUUCGAAAAUUGCGGUUUUGACUACGCUGGCCCGUUUAUUUUAAAGCACUAUCAUGGAAGAAACGCUCGCAAAUCCAAGGGAUACAUAUGUCUAUUUGUAUGCCUAGUAACGUCGGCAAUACACUUGGAAUUGGCAACGGACUUAAGUACUGAAUGUUUUUUGGCUUCUUUGCAGAGGUUUGUAGCUCGGAGGGGAAAGUGUCGUAACAUAUUCAGCGACAACGGCAGAAACUUUUUAGGCGCCUCACGACAAUUAUCAGAAAUACAGCAGGUAACAUUGUCCCAAACACAUAAUGAUUUAAUUGCCACGUCAUUGGAUGAAGACGGCAUCAAAUGGAAUUUCAUUCCAACAGCACCACCACACUAUGGAGGAAUUUGGGAGUCUGCUGUUCGUUCGGUCAAAUUGCAUCUUAAAAGGGUCGUUCAUAAUACGGAAUUAACAUUCGAGCAAAUGCACACAUUGUUAGCACAAGUUGAAGCCGUGAUGAUGAUGAACAUCUCAUUUACGUUUGGCAACAUACUGGUGCUUUCGAUGUACAUAUGUUUCGUCAUAUCGUCACCGUUUGGUAUCAUACGAACAUCAUCGUAG